AUGCAAGGGGAGACCCAGCCCCGCAACCAUCUGUGCAGCUGGGUCCCCCUGCUUGGGCCAUUGCGGAAAAAAGUGCCCAGCUCCGUCGGGCACCCCGCCCAGCACCCCAGUGCCUGCACCCCGCCGUGCCCCGGCCCGCAGCGGGCACUGACCGGCAGCGCGGAGCCUCCCGGGUGCGCUCGCAGGAGCCGCGGCCGCGCUCGGGCUGUUCGUGUGGCCGAGUUCUCGUCCUUGGCGAGCAGCUGUUUCCUCACGGCGAGACGUCACCGCCCCCGAGUCCCCGCCUGCCACGGCCACAUCCCACCCCCGGUGCCGUGCCAGACCUCAGCCCGCGGCACCAAUGUCACCCGCAAAAUCACCCGCGACACAGAGAGCAGGCAGCACCCAGCAAGUCCAGGAGCACUGUGGAUGGUGGGAGCUGCAAGCCAGCCACCACAGGGGCUGGGCUUGUGUCCCAUUAGGGUGGUCAGUGCCGUGGGGCAGCAGUGUCCUCACGCCUGCUGCUUUCCUGUCCUGCAGGUGCCAUGCUGGGGCCAGCUACGCUCUGUUCCCCAGCUGCUCUCCCGCAGGAAGGCAGUCCCAGCCAGUCCGGAGGGCUCCAGCCUGCGCCGCUGCCUCUCCACCGCGGAUCUGGCUGCCCUGGGAGUGGGCAGCACGCUGGGGGCUGGUGUCUAUGUCCUGGCAGGGGAGGUGGCCAAGACCAGCUCUGGCCCGAGCAUCGUCCUCUCUUUCCUGAUUGCAGCCGUGGUGUCUGCCCUGGCUGGGCUGUGCUAUGCCAAGUUGGGGGCCCGCGUGCCCCUGGCUGGUUCUGCCUACCUCUACAGCUACGUGACAGUGGGCGAGCUCUGUGCCUUCCUGGCUGGCUGGAACCUGCUGCUGUCCUAUGUCAUCGGUACUGCCAGCGUUGCCCGGGCCUGGAGCGCUACCUUUGACCAGCUCCUUGGCAAGAAGAUGGGGAGGUUUUUGGGUGCUCACGCAGCCAUGAGCUCUGUGGGGCUGGCAGAGCAUCCAGAUGCCUUCGCUGCUUGCCUGGUGGUCCUGCUGGCAGCACUUCUUUCCUUUGGAGUGAAGGAGUCCACCAUGGUCAACAAAGCUUUCACAGCUCUCAACAUGCUUGUCCUGCUCUUUGUCACAGUAAGUGGCUUCAUCAAAGGACACGUGAGCAACUGGAAGCUCAGGGAGGAUGACCUGCCACAGACAGCUGCCCAGGAGGCUGGGAACCAGUCCAUGUCUGGCAACAUGACCAGUGCCUUUGGGGUGGGAGGAUUCAUGCCCUAUGGUUUCACUGGCACCUUGGCUGGAGCCUCUACCUGUUUCUAUGCCUUUGUUGGAUUUGACUGCAUUGCUACCACAGGGGAAGAAGUGAGGGACCCGCAGAGAUCCAUCCCCAUGGGCAUCAUUCUCUCCCUUCUCAUCUGCUUCCUGGCCUACUUCGGGGUGUCUGCUGCCCUCACCCUGAUGAUGCCCUACUACCUUCUGGACACCACGAGCCCACUGCCAGUGGCUUUUGAGUACAUUGGCUGGAGCAGUGCAAAGUAUGCCGUGGCUGUGGGGUCACUGUGUGCCCUUUCCACCAGCCUUCUGGGCUCCAUGUUCCCCAUGCCAAGGAUCCUGUAUGCAAUGGCUCGAGACGGGCUCCUCUUCCAACCUCUGGCCAAAGUCAGUCACCGUCAGUGCCCGGUGGUGGCAACUCUGGUGUCUGGAGGAGUGGCAGCUCUCCUGGCCCUUCUCUUCAACCUGAAAGCCCUGGUUGACACCAUGUCCAUUGGCACACUGCUGGCCUACUCCAUGGUGGCUGGCUGUGUGCUGCUGCUCAGGUAUCGGCCUGAGCCCAGCCCUCGGGACACUCCUGUGGGGAAGGUCCCAGCUGUGCAGCCAUGGUGGAACCACCUGGUCCAGCCACCCCCCCAUCCCACCCCUCGCUCCUCUGCUCUGGUGGUCUGGGCUCUGACAGCUGCAGCCACCCUGGCCUGUGCCCUGAGCUGGGUGAGCACUGCUGGGCUGCCCUGCCUGUGGGCUGGGGGUGCCUGGUGCAUCACAGCUCUGGCCCUGCCUCUCCUGGGGAUCCUGGCAGCAGCUCUUCUCAUCUGGAGGCAGCCUCAGAGCCAGGACAAAGCUUCCUUCAUGGUUCCCUGCCUGCCCUUCCUGCCUCUCCUCAGCAUUUCCUUCAACGCUGUGCUGCUGGCCCGGCUCAGCGCGGCCCCCUGGCUGCGGUACCUGCUCUGGAUGGCUGCGGAAUCCUCACAGCGAGCCCCUGCAGACAGAGUUCUCUUUGGAGAGGAUAAAGCACACAAGUGGUUUUGCUGCUGUUACUGGUUCCCAGUGUCCCCUUUCCCAGAGUAG